ACCUCCAAACACGUGAUAUUCAGCCUCACGUUUUUGAGGAAGGGAAGUUAUUGGGCUAAAAAACCCUCAGCGAUGCAUCGGUACAUGGACACCUUCCUCUUUCAUCUUUAUCACAUGCGAAAGGUCUGUGCGAUCAGACUGAAGACAUCGGUGGUGAAGAGGUUGUGAGAUGCUUUCCCGGGUAAACUGUGACGCACCAGUUGAAGAAAUUGGCGGACAGCUGUGCAUUGCCUAACCGAGGGACUUUAAAAUCCAAAUCACAAUAUCUGGUGCCUCAGUAAAGUCCACUACUUACUAACAGCGACCACUACUACGCAAAGACCCACAGAGGGGUGAUGAUGGACAACGGAGGGUUUUGCAACAAUAACUAUCACAGUGGAAGCAGUGAUGAUGAGCUGGUGGAUAUUUCAGAUGUUACAGUGAACUUCAGUGAGGAUGUCCCGCCUCUGGAUCUAGAUUACAGUGCGGGCGGCUGUAAAGCAGAUUGGAGGCCGAGCAACAGUCCUAAGCUGAUAGAUCUAAUGGAUUACCCCGUCCCUGGCAUUGGCACCUAUGAGGACUUCAACACCAUCGACUGGGUUAGGGAGAAGUCUAAAGACAGAGAUCGGCAUAGAGAGAUCACCAAUAAGAGUAAGCAUUCCACAGUAGCCUUGCUCUUCAGCAUCAGUGAUGCCUUUUCCGGCUGGCUUCUGAUGCUUCUCAUUGGACUCAUGUCAGGGGCCUUGGCUGGAGGUAUAGACAUUGCUGCCCAUUGGAUGACGGAUCUUAAAGAGGGCGUGUGCCUGAAUGGGUUCUGGUUUAAUCACGAGCACUGCUGCUGGGCGUCCAAUGAGACCACUUUCCAGGAAAGAGACAAGUGUCCCCAGUGGAAAACCUGGGCAGAACUCAUGGUUGGAGUCAGUGAGCAGGGCAGUGUAAAUGUGCUGAAUCAUUUCAUGUAUGUGAGCUGGGCUCUUCUCUUUGCCUUCCUGGCUGUGAUUCUUGUGAGGGCCUUCGCCCCUUAUGCUUGCGGUUCAGGAAUACCAGAGAUUAAGACCAUCCUGAGUGGCUUUAUAAUUCGGGGCUACCUGGGGAAGUGGACUUUGAUCAUAAAGACCAUCACACUUGUGCUGGCCGUCUCGUCUGGCCUCAGUCUGGGGAAGGAGGGUCCGCUGGUUCAUGUAGCCUGCUGCUGCGCAAACAUCCUCUGCCAUUUCUUCACCAAAUACCGUCGAAAUGAGGCCAAGAGACGAGAGGUGUUGUCUGCAGCAUCUGCAGUGGGAGUGUCUGUAGCGUUUGGUGCUCCUAUUGGAGGGGUGCUUUUUAGUUUGGAAGAGGUCAGCUACUACUUCCCUCUGAAGACUCUGUGGCGUUCGUUCUUCGCUGCUCUGGUUGCAGCAUUCACCCUUCGCUCCAUUAAUCCCUUCGGGAACAGCCGACUGGUCCUUUUCUACGUGGAGUUCCACACACCCUGGCAUCUUCUAGAACUCAUACCUUUUGUGCUUCUGGGCAUCUUCGGUGGCCUUUGGGGGGCUUUCUUCAUUCAUGCUAACAUUGCUUGGUGCCGUCUCCGUAAGAACACCCGCCUUGGCCACUACCCUGUCAUUGAGGUUCUGGUGGUCACCCUGCUCACAGCGUUGCUGGCGUUCCCAAUCGAGUACACUCGGAUGAGCAGCAGCGAACUGAUCUCUGAGCUGUUUAAUGACUGUGGUCUGCUGGACUCAUCGAAACUCUGCGACUACUCCGGCAACAGUGGAGGCACAUCUGGAAGUGUUAAUGCCACUGCUGCUAAUGGUCUGGGGGCUCGGCUGGCGGGGCCAGGUCUCUAUACAGCUAUGUGGCAGCUAGCUCUUGCACUGGUCUUUAAGAUGCUCAUCACUGUGGCUACAUUUGGCAUUAAGGUGCCGUCUGGUUUAUUCAUCCCUAGUAUUGCUGUGGGGGCAAUAGCAGGCAGACUUCUUGGAGUGGGCAUGGAGCAGCUAGCCGUACACAACCAUGAACGGAAAAUUUUCAGAGGCUGGUGCUCUCCAGGGGCAGACUGCAUCACGCCGGGCCUGUAUGCCAUGGUGGGCGCAGCAGCCUGUCUGGGUGGUGUGACACGUAUGACCGUCUCUCUGGUGGUCAUUAUGUUUGAGCUGACAGGAGGUUUAGAGUACAUUGUGCCCCUCAUGGCUGCUACCAUGACCAGCAAAUGGGUCGCUGAUGCUCUGAGUCGUGAGAGCAUUUAUGAGGCCCACAUCCGUCUGAAUGGUUACCCUUUCCUGGAGGCCAAAGAAGAAUUCCGCCACAAGACUCUUGCCACGGAUGUAAUGCGGCCGCGGCAGAGCGACCCACCGCUGUCUGUGCUGACGCAGAGCGGGAUGUCUGUAGAGGAGGUGGAGAGACUCAUCGCAGACACCACCUACAGCGGCUUUCCUGUGGUUAUCUCACAGCAGUCUCAGAGAUUGGUGGGCUUUGUGUUGAGGAGGGAUCUGGUCAUAUCCUUAGAGAAUGCACGGCGGCAUCAGGAGGGUGUGGUCAGCGUGUCUGCCGUCCUGUUCACUGAAUGUGAUCCACCCGUGUCACCCAGCGCUCCUCCUGCAGUCAAACUGCACAACAUCUUGGACCUCAGCCCCUUUACGGUCACUGUGCACACGCCCAUGGAAAUCGUGGUGGACAUCUUCCGCAAGCUCGGCCUGCGGCAGUGCCUCGUCAUUCAGAACGGGCGUUUGCUGGGAAUCAUCACUAAAAAGGACAUUCUUAAACACAUGGCGCAGAUGGCCAACAGAGACCCGGAAUCAAUCCUCUUCAACUGAAGACUCUCAAGACUGAACGGACAGGAUAAACUCACUCCUGCAGACACACACACACACACACACACACACACACACACACACACACACACACACACACACACAUGCUGCCAGUGGUAGGACUGUGUGUGUCACUGAGCUACUGCUAUUAUAGAGUGGUCUGAGAGUGGCCUAAGGCAGCUUUUUGCAGCUCCAGAACUGGACAUGUUCAGACAGGAGCUGUUUAGCCUGUCCGGAGGCUACAGAGACAGUAAUGUGAGAAAUACUGUCCCCUCACACCUGUGAACCUCAUAUAUGACCUGAUCUGAAUUGUUGCCAUCAGGACAUGCUGCAUGUGUACCAAAUGCUUUUCCUGCCUGCACGUAUAUUUAAAUUUGGGGAUCGAUGACUUCUUUUUGUGUUCUUUAUUCGUUUAUGGUGCUUUGCUCUGCUAAAGGUAGCUUGAACUAGCUUUACAUGGUUGCUAGUCUCUCAGGCUGGGCUGGGUUGCUGGUUUUGGGUAUUUAUCGGGCUGGGAGACCAACUGACUGAGACCAGCCAACAAAAGGUAGCUUAAGCUAUUUUUUAGCAGGAUUUCCAUCCCUGGAGUGACGUUUGACCUCGAGAGGAACUUCAGAAGGGUGAGAACAUUCCUGAGAUGAUCUGGGAAACGUGCGUUAAGGGUGUCUCGUCUGAACCUGCGUGUGUCGAGCGAUCCCUGUGGGAAGAUGCGCCGACUUUUGUAGAAGUGCAAUGAGAUUUGGUGUAUCAUGUUGAAAAGUCAUACAGACGCAAUUACUUUUUUUCAUUUAUGCAUACUAGCAAAACGCCACCAGUAGUGCUGUUACUCUAUUUCUCACUCUAAAGACAUCCCACUCUUGAAGCGUUUAUAUAUGACUUCAACCGGACAGAAGCCAAUGUUGAAUUUUUUUGUUUUUUGUUUUUUUUUGUGGAAGGUGCCUUAAAGUAAUGGUUCAUCCAGCAAUUCUGUCAUUUACUCACCCUUUUGACGUUCCAAAUCUGUAUGAUUCUCUUUUCUUCUGUGAAACCUAAAAUAAGACAUUUUCUGAGCGUGAAAACCAAUAGCAACUAAAACUGUUUGGUUACCAACAUUCUUCAAAAUCUGUUCUUUUGUGUUCUGCAGAAGAAUACAAAGUCAUACUGUUUUGGAACAACACUAAGGUGAGUAAACGGAUGAGGGAAUUUUCUUUUUUGUAUGAAAUAUGCCUUCAGUAGUUAGUUGAAGUGCCCUGGUUCUCCCUCUGUCGUUCUGCUAUUACAGCAAGCUCUUUGGUCUUACCAGUGGCAUAUGAUUUCCAAAAAGUUUGUAGUUGCUGCUAAACAACUGAUUUCCACUCAGCUUUCCCAAUGAACCAAGCUGCAGUUCCUGCGUGGCACCACCAGGAGGCACUAUCUCACAGACUGUUCAUUCUGGACAUUGUGCACCGUCUGAUUGAUUCUUGACCAGGUUCGCUUUCUGGGUGUGUUGCGGCAUUCUCUCAUGUCAUUACAGUUGGGACUCUUUACAUUUUUAUUCUCAUAUUGAGCACCUGGGCCCCUCCGUUCCUUCAUCCAUCACCCUCACUGUCUUUCUCAUGUAACCACGCUGUCAUCCUCAGGCAACCUCAGUGAAGCAUCUCCAGGCAACUCCCUUGUUUGUCCGUGAGGACCCAAUCAUGACAUAAGAUCCUCCCUGUAAUGAAAGGCCAAAACUUGUACUGUAGUCCUCUUCCUUGCUCAAAUUUUUGUCUCUCUGCAUUUCAAAACCUCCACCCUGCAGUUCAGUGCAUGCUUUUUUUUCCCCCUACAUUGGCAUUUGAGUUGUUUAUGACCUAUUAUAGGCAUUUGAUUCUUUUUAUGCCUGUUCUAAACACUCACUUUCCCUACUCGCUGUAAUUCCCGAGAGUUGGAUUAGGGGCAGGGAGGUCGUGGAGGGCUAUUGUUCCCAUUCGCUCCUGCUCGUCUGGGCUCCCGGUCGCCAGGAUGUCCCCCGACUGCUUCCCUCAAGCACCGUCACGCAGCCCAGACCGCCUUCCACUCUUAGAAAGACAAUUUCCGGUCCAGUCUUUAAACAACAGGCGAUUCUAAACUGUUAUAAUGGAGCGGGGGAAAAAAGAAAUUCUUGUGCUGUGAUUAUUGAAAGAAAAGGUGUGUGUAUGUGUGUGUGAGUAUUUGUGUGUGGGGCCAUAGGGGUGUUGGAAGGAGAGAUUACGCUUUUCUCUUUUGCCUUCCUAGGAAAACUUAGAAAUAUGGGAGGAGGGAGAGCAGGAAAGGUUAAUUAAACAGUGUUCACUGGUCAGUGGAAGGGAUCGUUUCACAAAGGUCCCCUCUGUGUCACACGGGGGGUUAUUGGAGAGACUUGGCACGAAGGACUUCCACUCAUUCCUACAAUCCGGGUGGGUGCUGAGCCUCUUUGCGCUGUAACCCAACACUCGAUUGGUGCAGAAGGAACCAGGCCAGGAUGGGACCAAAUGAAAUGGCCAAGGACGCGCCACAGACCUCCUAUGUUCUUAUCUACAGAACGUAGGCUUACAGAACGCAACUUUUCAACUCAGGAAGCACCACGUAAACAGCUGUUUAGUUGGCGUCUACUUGCCUUUUUCUAUGCAAACAGUCAGUUUAGUGCUGAAGAGAAAUGCUAAACCUGAGUAAACUGCUUUUACAGGUGUCAUUGAGCAUGCAUGUCUAAAGAAACCUGUUUUUUUUUUUUCUUGCCAAAAAGACGAUACAGUUAUUACCAAAUUGGUUGGAAGGAAAAUUAAUUCUAAAGCACUUUUCGGAGAUUAAGUAUGUGUCCAUUUUAGUGAUGAGAUGUUAGCUUUAAUAGGUAUUAAUUGCACAAAAAUGUUUUCUAUUACAGUAUUUGUACAUGUCUGUGCUUGUAUCAUAUUGUCAAAUGAACUUUUGUCCAAUUGAAGAAAUCUGAAUGAUGUAUUCCAUGCAGACUGCAUUCAUCUGGAGGUCAAAAAGUAUGUUUAUGUUUUAGAUAUAUAAAGAAUGGCUUGUGGCUUCAAGUUUUUGGUUUAUCUUACAUAAUCAAAGACUCCGGGAUAUGAAAAUUCCAGAAGUAUUAGCAUUUUUAUUCCCUAGAAUCCCAAACGACUCUGGUGCCUUUAGAAACAGACCACCGCUGGUUUGUGUUCAAUGUGGUAUUUGAAGGAAAUCGCUGAGGGUCUCUUAAAACACCACAGGACUGUGGGUGAGUCUCAUGUAUUGCUUCAGAACUCUUUUUUUCCCCACACCUUUUGAAGGCCAAUGUUUUAAUAGCCGUUCUUUUGUAACUUUAUUAUCAGGAAUAUUGUCUUUUGAAAAAGCACAAAUGCUUUUUAAAGUAGCAACAAUGUGAAAUGAUCUGUCUAGGGCGUGUUUUUGCUUGUUUUUUUGAAAAUUGUUCACAGAUGACUUCGAGAAUAAUUGUACACGGACCUUUGAACAAAACACACCCUUGUAAUUCUUCAGUUCAGGUUCAUUGUGCAUGUAGCGUUUGUUAAAAUAAGCACUGCUAUUAUGUACGUAACCGUUCUAAACUUCUAACCUCAAGUAAUAAACUUCAGCACAUUAC